AAUUCAAAGUGGACUGUAAACUUGAAAUAAAAUUUCGAUAGCUCAUUUAAUCUUUAAUGGAAUCCAACCAUAUUUCUCCUGAAGGCAAUGUGACAACCAAUUGGAUCACAGCGCGGGAACUAGGAAUCAGACUGAUCUGCACCUAUAAAUAAGGUCAGAACCGGCACCAGCACCAUACUACUCUCAAGCCAGUUCUCUUUUCUGUUAUCCUCAUGGCUCGUACUAAGCAGACCGCUCGCAAGUCCACCGGCGGUAAGGCGCCGCGCAAGCAGCUGGCCACCAAGGCGGCCCGCAAGAGCGCGCCGGCCACGGGCGGCGUGAAGAAGCCGCACCGCUACCGGCCCGGCACGGUGGCCCUGCGCGAGAUCCGCCGCUACCAGAAGUCCACGGAGCUGCUGAUCCGCAAGCUGCCGUUCCAGCGGCUGGUGCGCGAGAUCGCGCAGGACUUCAAGACCGACCUGCGCUUCCAGAGCUCGGCCGUGAUGGCGCUGCAGGAGGCGUGCGAGGCCUACCUGGUGGGGCUCUUCGAGGACACCAACCUGUGUGCCAUCCACGCCAAGCGCGUCACCAUCAUGCCCAAGGACAUCCAGCUUGCGCGCCGCAUCCGCGGGGAGAGGGCGUAA